AUGUCGUCGGGGGCGGCGCAGCAGCAGCAGCAGCCGGCGCCGGCGCUUCCGUACCGGCCGUACCGGCAGGUGCGGGCGGCGACGCCCCACAGCCGCGCGGUCUCCUGCGUGCGGUUCUCCCCCUGCGGCCGCCUCCUCGCGACGGCGUCCCUCGACGGCACGGUCGCGCUGCUCUCCCCGUCCUCGCUCGCCAUCAUCGCCACCCUGCGCGGCCACGCUGCCGGUGUCUCCGACCUGUCCUGGUCCACGGAAUCGUUCUACCUCUGCUCCGCCUCCGACGACCGCACCCUCCGCAUCUGGGACAUCCGGCCCAUCCUCGCCGGCGCCAACUCCGGCGGCCAGACCGCCGACCCAGGCACCGAUCGCUGCGUCCGCGUGCUCAAGGGGCACACCAACUUCGUCUUCAGCGCCAACUUCAACCCGCAGACCAGCUCUCAGGUCGCCUCCGGUGGGUUCGACUGCACUGUGCGCAUCUGGGACGUCAAAAGCGGCCGCUGCACCCGCGCCAUCGACGCGCACUCCGAGCCCGUCACCUCCGUGUACUUCAUAAGGGACGGCUCAAUCAUUGUGUCCGGAAGCCAUGACGGGAGCUGCAAGAUUUGGGACGCCAAGACUGGGGCUUGCCUCAAGACGGUCAUUGACGACAAGAAGCCCGCGGUGUCGUUCUCCAUGUUCUCGCCCAAUGGCAAGUUCAUCCUCGUCGCCACGCUCGAUGACUCACUGAAACUAUGCAAUUUCGCUACUGGCAAGUUCUUGAAGGUAUACAGUGGACAUGUGAACAGAGUAUACUGCAUCCAGUCAGCGUUUUCCGUUACGAAUGGGAAGUACAUUGUUAGUGGAUCAGAAGACAACUGUGUGUACAUAUGGGACCUCCAAGGGAGAAAUAUUCUUCAGAAACUGGAAGGCCAUACUGACACCGUCAUCUCCGUGUCCUGCCAUCCAACAGAGAACAAAAUUGCUUCGGGAGGCCUUGAUAGUGAUAAGUCUGUGAGACUAUGGGUCCAAGAUAGCUGA